UGGUCUUCGUUCGUCACGUGUUUAUUCUGAAGAUGGCGUCUCCAAAUGGAGGUGACGAUUUUGAGUCGUCUUUGCUGAGUUUUGAGAAGUUGGACAGAGCGUCACCAGACCUUUGGCCAGAACAGUUGCCCGGAGUUGCAGAAUUUGCUGCAUCUUGUAAAAAUCCCAUCACUAAUUCACCUCCCAAGUGGAUGGCUGAGCUAGAGACUGAGGACAUUGAAAUGUUGAAAGAGCUGGGGAGUCUGACCACAGCCAACCUGAUGGAGAAGGUUAAAGGACUUCAGAACCUCGCUUACCAGCUGGGCUUAGAAGAGUCGAGGGAAAUGACCAGGGGGAAAUUCCUGAACAUCUUGGAGAGACCCAAGAAGUGACAAAUCUUUUUUUUUUUCUUUUUUUUUUUUUUUCCUCCC